UGCUUGCGUCCUCGGGUUUACUGUGGAUGCCUGCGAAAAGAAAGCUCGUGUUUGCAGAUCCGUUUUGUUGUUGCCUGCGAGUCGCCGCUUUCGCUUCUUCCUUGGUGCACCGUGACAAACAAACACCUUUGCCCCUCUCCCCGCUCCAUCGGAACACUCCCCUGAUCAGUUUGUGCCAUGAGGUUUGCCAUCUGAGACGAUCAUGACCUCCGAUGCAGCGGCCCUGCCGUCUCCGCCGAGUUUCUCGCCAUGGAAUGGCGGAGCAUCUGGUAUACACUCCGGCGGAGAGCAGGCCAGCAGACCCGUGUCAUAUGCCAAUGGCAAUAGGCCGAGUGCCCGGUUUCCCAAUAUCAAAGAUCUCCAGGAUCAAGCUGCAGCCCUGGAUGUGAAUGAAAACACAUCGCUUAGUAUUUUGUUAGAACGGGCAAAGAAAGCUAUCGAGCAAGCGAGGGCCUUUUCGGACAAUGACCAACCGGAUAAAGCCUAUGUCUACUACCUUCGGGCGUCGGAAAUCACAAUCAACAUCAUUCCCCAUCAUCCCGAUUACCGAUCGACCGUCACCCAGCGUCCAGGAUGGUACAAGCAGUUUGCGGAGUUGAUGAUGGCGGUCCGGACGAAGCAGGGUACCAUGGACGAUAUCAAACAGCAAAUAAUCGAAGACAAUCUCAGGAGCAACGUUCAACCCGCCGGCAGCAGUGUGUAUGUCUCUGAAAAUGUGAACCAACGGGUGAAUUCUCCCUCAGCCGGCGACUACAGUCCGAGAGGCCGCACAGACGAGAUUGAUGGUCACCGACUGCGAAUGCCCAGCCCGUCAGAUUAUCGAAACUCCUCGGAUCUCGCUCCACGACCCAACCGGUUCUCCACGCAGGCCGACGAUGUCCUUGCGCAGCGCUUUGCACGGUUAAAGGCCACAUCCCCUCCAUCAGUGGGUGUGAUCAGCAAUGGGCAGAACGGCACGGUAUCCAUGCCUUCGCCGCCAAGGCAUCUGGACGAUUACCCUCCUCGACCACCGUCGAAUCUGUCCCAGGGGAGUCUUACUGCUUUCCCGGCCCGACCUCUCGGACCGCGUAAGAUGGGAUCAUCUCCGGGGGUUCCAACACUCCCCCCCAAGAUUCCCUUGACUCACUCCCUCCCUCGGGCUCCAGACCCAGCCUACAGUCCCGUGUGGACGGUUCCCACGCAGCCUCCUCCGAACCCGCCGCGGACUUCAAUGGAGAGCUCCCGUGCAUCGACCUCUAGGUAUUCGCAGUUCGUUGAGUCGCCUCAUGGAAGCCCUCACCGUGCCGGCUUGUUGGAUGACAACCCAUACCGUUCGCGCACCCCCAAUGGUGGUGUUCAGACCAGGGCAACCAAGAGCGCCUCUGCAGAGCUGCCGUACAACACAAGUGUGACAGCUCAGAAACUGAUGGACUACCUCCGCAAAUACAACAUCCUACUCAUCGAUGUCCGCUCGCGAGAACAAUAUGAUAAUGGACAUGUCUAUGCCAAGUCGAUCCUCUGUAUUGAGCCCGUGGCCUUGAAGGAGAAUGUUUCUGCGGAAGAACUGGAGGAACGGCUUGUUGUGUCCCCGGAGCACGAGCAGGCCCUGUUUGAGAGACGUAACGAGUUUGAUAUGGUGGUCUACUACGAUCAGAAUGCGGCCUCGGUCAGCUACCUUGCUGGCUCUCCCGUGGGGACCUCUGCCCCGCAUCUUCGAGCUCUGUACGAUACUCUUUACGAGUUUAAUGCCUACAAGCCACUGAAGGAUGGGCGCCCGCCCGCCCUUCUGCUGGGCGGACUUGAUGCCUGGGUCGACCUGGUCGGACCCCAAUCGUUGGCCACCUCGACGACAGCUGCUGUGAUGGGAUCCAUCCAAACGAAGAAACCUGUCCGAAACCCCGGGCGACCGUUAGGACGGGUCCCCACGAUGGCGAGCGCCAAUUCUAGCUUGGAAGUUCGCAAGAGGCGGUUGCGCGAACAAAAGCCGUUGAACCCGGACGAGUUGACGGCCUGGAUGGAACGAUCGAAGAAGGAGGAGAUCGACACCAGCAGCUACAUUGGGGCGGAAGAGCUGGCCGAAGAGCCGGAGGAGGACGCCGACGCGGUGGUUCCUCCAACACCCUCGUUUGUGCAUACCUAUGAAGACUUCCUGCGGCGGUUCCCGGAGCCGCAAUCUAUUCAACAGUCGAUGGUUAUUGCUCCGGAAACCGGGGUGGCUGUUACGAACUCUGCCGCUCCCGGGUCGUCGUCCCCGGCAUACCAUGCGACGUCUGUCCCCAUUGCGCCUUCUCGGCCUCCCCCAGCCGUUCCGCGACCAAGCUACAGCGGGGUGUCGGAUGGCUCACAGAUCCAACCGCCGCUGGAGCGGCAGAACUCGGCGGCGCGGACCGCGCUGUAUACGUCGUACUCGGCGCUGAGCCGGCUGAAGCUGCCGCGGACGGGGCUGACGAACUUUGGGGUGACGUGCUACAUGAACUCGACGCUGCAGUGUCUGAGCGCGACCGUGAUGCUGAGCAAGUUCUUCAUUGACAACCGAUUCCGGUACUAUGUGCAGAAGAACUGGAAGGGAUCGCAUGGGAUCAUGCCCGGGUUGUUUGCGAACCUGAUCCGAUCGCUGUGGAAGAACGAUGUGGAGGUCAUCAUGCCGACCUCGUUCCGCAACUUCUGCGGGCGGUUGAACGUGGAGUGGGCGAUCGAUCGGCAGCAGGAUGCGAAGGAGUUCUUCGACUUUGUGGUGGACUGCCUCCACGAGGACCUGAACAUCAACUGGCAGCGCACGCCGCUGCGGCCGCUGACGUUCGAGGAGGAGGUGCAACGGGAACGGAUGCCGAUGGGCAAGGUGUCGCGGAUCGAAUGGGACCGGUACUGCCACCGCGAGGAGUCGUACAUCUCGUCGCUGUUCGCGGGCCAGCACGCCAGCCGGCUGCGGUGCAUCACGUGCGGGCGGACGUCGACGACGUACGAGGCAUUCUACAGCAUCAGCGUGGAGAUACCCGCGACGGGGGCGGGCGACAUCUACCAAUGUCUGCAGAGCUACUGCAAGGAGGAGAUGCUGAGCGGCGACGAGGUGUGGAAGUGCCCGUACUGCAAAUGCGAGCGGGUGGCGACCAAGCAGAUCAUCCUGACGCGGGCGCCGCAGAUCCUCGUCGUGCACUUUAAGCGCUUCUCGGCCUCCAAAACGCAGAGCGCACGCAAGAUCCACACCCCGAUCGAGUUCCCGCUGCAUGGCCUCCGGAUGGACGAGUUUGUGAUCCCCUCGAUGAAUGCCAAUGCCAAUGCCAAUGCCCAUGCCCAUGCCCAUGCCCAGCUGCCGUCUGGCGGGGAGUACUCGACCGGUCCUCCCUCGCCGACGGCGGGGCCCUUUACGUACGACGCCUACGGCGUGCUCCGGCACCUGGGCAGCUCGAUGGGCAGCGGACACUAUAUCUCGCUGGUGCGAGAUGCGCAGCGCCACUGCUGGCGCAAGUUUGACGACGAGCGGGCGACGGACUUCCAGCCGCAGGACCUACGGCCCAAGGACCGGCUGCAGAACGAACAGGCGUACAUUGUAUUCUACGAGCGUGUUCCAGCGAAGUGAUUUUCUUUUCCAUUGUGCACCAUAGACGCAUUGACGAUGUAUAUCAUUGGAUACGAAUGAUGAUUACGAAGUACAUAAGACUUGGUUAUAGUAGAUACCUCCUAGUUAUAUGAUUAGCAUACUAUUACUACAGACUAGCGUUGCAGACCGACUUGAAUAACCACUCCAAAUGGUUACUCUGUGA